AUGUACACCUUACGAUCAUACUUAAGAGAAAGUAGACAUAAUUUAAGGGAUGAUCGGAACUGGAAAUCAGAGCAGGUUAAUUACCACCCCUUUGCAAUUUUCACUACAAACACCCGGUAUAUCAAAGGCCAAGGUAAUACUCCAGCUGAUGCCCUGCCUCGCAAUGUCUCUGCUGUCGAUUCUUUCCUCAUCAAUUAUGCAGCAAAUGCUGUAGACCAAGCCAAUGAUUCUGAGGUGCAGCAACUUAAAGAUAACCCUGCAUUUCAACUGACAAUUAAAGUUCCUAGAACAGAUGUAGACCUAUAUGUUGAUGUUUCUACAGACACCAUUCGUCCAUAUCUACCUCAGAAAUAUCAACCUGCCUUCUUCAAGCAACUCCAUGUCAUCUCCCAUACUGGUUGUCAGUCUUCCAAGGUAAUUCGCCAGACGGUUUCUCCUUCUAUGCCCUUCAUACCUAUUACCUCUUGCUUCGACCAUGUUCAUGUUGAUCUUGUUGGUCUCCUGCCCUACUCCAGUGGACACAGGUACAUCCUCACCAGCAUCGACAGAUUUACUAGAUGGCCGGAGGCAAUUCAUCUUGCUGACAUUCAUGCUGAUACUGUAUCACGAGCCCUUAUUGCUGGUAGGGUAUCAAGAUUUAGAGUACCAACCAAUUUAACAUCAGACAGGAAAGUCGAUUUGAGUCGCAACUUUGGAUCAAACUUAUGA